CAGUAUAUUUUUAACCUCAGUUUAAGUUUACACAAAAGUUUGAUUGCUACGUAUUAUUGAAAUUAUGAUUCUGUAUCACGAUGAAGUAGAAAUCGAAGACUUUGAAUACUACGAAGACGAGGAAAUAUAUUGUUAUCCAUGUCCUUGUGGGGAUCAGUUUCAAAUAUCAAAAGCGGAAUUAGCUGUGGGAGUGGAAGUAGCCACAUGCCCUUCAUGCUCAUUAGUUAUUAAAGUAAUUUAUGAUAAAGAAGCGUUUGCAGCUAAACAGGAGGAACUCAUUAGAGACGAAGAAAAACAGCAAAUGAUUCAAAGGGUUGGAGAUAAAUUAUAAUACUGUUUGAAGUACCAAGAAG